AUGGGCUUCAAGAAAAUUGUUGUUGAGUCAGAUUGCAAGAACUUGAAGGAGUUACUAAAUGGAGAGUCUACGAAUUUGCUUAACAUAAGUCUUGUUCUGUUGGAAAUUAAGCAAAUCCUCCAAUCCCUUGCAGAAGCCUCGAGAGCAGAAAAUGGAAGAGUGACAGAUGAUUACAGAGAAGACGGUGCAACUGGAAAGAGAAGUCGUGGUUCUCAACCCAGAGGAGCGGACUCUCUGCCCACCUUCAUCGGGAAGCAUAGAUUGCAAGCUGCCAUUUCCCAACUCAAUAACGAAAUCAAUAUAAUUCAGGAUGAGCUGGAGCAACUGAAAACAAUGGGUGAAUCGUCCAGCGUCUGCAAGGAAUUGAUUUCGAGCGUUGAAUCGAUUUCCGAUCCACUGCUUCCAUGGAUUAAUGGCUCGGUGGAUGGUAGUUGGGAUCGGUGGUUCGGCGGCGCCCACCACUCGCGAAGUCAUAAACGCUGGAUUUAGAUUUUUUUUUUUUUUGGGUGGGUUUAAACAGCAGUAUAGUACUUCAUCGCAAAAUAAGGAUAUCCUGCGAGACUGGAAGAUCAGAUCAUGUUUCCCAAAUGAACAACAAUGACCGAUAAAUGAAUGAAUUAAAUUCCCUUCCCACAUAA